UUUGUGUGGAUCAGUUCUCGGGUUGGGUAGAAGCAUACCCAACGGUGAGAAAUGAUGCCAGGACAGUGGUAAAAUGCCUUACUAGAGAGAUGAUUCCCAGGUUUGGGAUAGGAAAUAUAUUCUCAUCAGACAGAGGUACUCAUUUUGAUAACAAACUUAUGGCUGAAGUGGUAAAUAUUUUAGGGUUAAAGCAGCAAUUGCACACCCUUUACAGACCACAGGCUAGUGGGAUGGUAGAACAGACUAAUCAAACAAUCAAAAGGUAUUUGGCUAAGAUAACUGCUAAUGGGAAAAGCUCAUGGGUAGAGGCCUUGCCGAUAGUCUUAGCAACUAUCAGAACCACCCCCAAGGAGAAACAUGGGUUAUCACCUUUUGAUAUUUGGUUCGGGCGACCACCCAAAAGACUUCCUGCUACAUUGAUACAUCCUGAAACAGUGACUUUAGGUAAUGGUCAAGAUGCCAUGAUUGAGUAUGUACGCAAAUUGGCAAACGUGUUUUCUGAUACCUUUUCCAGAGCCAAAGCAGGACAACCGGUGGAUACGAAUGAGACAACUCAUGGACUAAACUCAGGAGAUUGGGUGUAUAUCAAGAAUCAUACACCCCGGACUACUUUGUCCCCUAAGUGGAAAGGACCCUUCCAGAUCAUUCUGGUGUCUCCUACUGCUGUAAAGCUGGAAGACUAUAAGUACUGGGUGCAUGGUUCCCAUUGUAAGAAAACAGUAGCUCCAAAAAGUAGCCAGUGUACCACUGGCCAGGAUUAUUCUGUACCUUUACCUUCCAGGUCUCCACCGCUGACACGAGCUCGAGCCAGAAGACAACAAGAUGAAUCUUCUAGGGCCUAAACCAGAUGUUCAGCUCUGGUGUGUCAUCCUCUGUGGAGGAGCGUUGGUGUGGAUAACGGUUAUGACGUAUGAAUGGACGCACCAGAAAGCGAUGGCCCUCAAGGUCCAGAGUUAAGACCGCUCAUGAAAUGGUGACCCGGAUUCCUGCGAUUCUACCGAAAGACCCUGAGAACCCCCCGGAAGCAUGAAAUUUAACAGAGAAUACCAAAGAAUUUGAAACACAGGAGGGACUGACAAGAUAUGAAAAUCUACAUUGAUCUACCUUGUAUAUUUACUAGGGUUAGAAUGUAAAAUUGAAUAUCUUAGACAGAACAGUAGGGUAGAGGUCUCCCAUAUUCUGUCUUUUCCCUGCAAAUAAGCUUAUGUUUCUAAAUUCUAUUUGGUAUUACACAUUGCAAUAUAUUGCAACAUAUUCUCAACAUAUUCUCAAUAACAUGUUUUUCCCAUUCUCAUGGCCGAACAAAUGUCUCAUGUAAAAUAAGAGAUGUUCCGCCUUAAUGAGCUGAUAAGAAGUCUAUGUAAACAGUAAACAGUGUGUCUGGAAAAACCCUUCCAUUCCUUUUUAUUACUUGAUAAUUACCCCUCACAUAUAAUCCAUCUCUCUAACUAUCAAAAUAACCAUUUCACAUGAUGCGCUAAUUAGGUCAGGAUGACCGGAUGUCAGUUUUACUCAUUAUAUAUGUGUGAUUUAUGGAAUCUUGUGAAAUCUUGUGUAAUCCAAACAUUGGGCUUCGUGCCCUGCGUAGACUCUCAUGUUAUCAAUUUCUUAUAAAAUGUCUGUAUAAACCUUAUGUAUCAUCACAAUCCUCCCCAAGGCUUUGGGAGGUGUGAUCCUGUAUGCAGUGUAUUCUGAAGUAAACUUACAUUGAAGACGAA